AGCAGAUCGCAUUGCGGCAUACUGUUAUGAUUCAAAAGAAGUACAAUUUGGAUAAAGAUAAUAGCUUACGGAACACUAUCUACUUCUAAACUCAUGUGGUUAUACAACAGGCGACCUUGCUAUUGAAUUUAGUGAAGCUAAAAGCUAAACACCAUGAGGAACUAUUUUAAUGUCACAUCAAAAGGAAAGGGGGAGACUGUAGCAACAUCAAAAGACUAUAGUUAUCUCCUAAGAAGGUUUGGUGUUGCUUCAGAUAAGAAGAGAGAGUCUCAAAACCCAUUUGUUGUUCCCACGGAUAUUGACAUUUUCAAAAGAAGAAUAGAAGACAACCUUGAGAAACAGCAAGAGACAAUAUUUCAAAGCAGACUGCCUGUUCAUGAGAAGACCACCCUCCUUUCACGCCGCAGAAGCCGCUCUGCCCCAUUGAGGGAGCUCAAGGAGGAGCCAGAAUAUGAAACACAAAAAUCCAAAAGAGAUAAGACCAUAUGGACAACAGUUGUUUCAAAUGGCCGGCGUAAAGACAAGGAAAGCAUACAAGUUUAUAAAGAUAAACAUAAGGAAAUGUUCAUGGUGCAGUAUGCAUUGGCAGUUAAAAAAGAGACCAUUCGAAAGAUGAAGAGAGAUUCAGAGCAUGCGUUGCACAAAAUCAAACAGGCAGAGCUGGAUCUAGAGGAGGAUGCAGUGGCCUUUGAGGAAUUCCUCAAACUAAACGAUCAAAGUUCUGUGGAGGCUGUCAAAUUGACAGAGAAGGAAACUAUGGCUAAAUUGGAGAAAACCACAGAGAUUAAAAAAGUGAUGUCAGAAAUUAUGACAGUCAAAAGUGACAUUUCGAAGCACCAGGAGGUACUCAAUGAGUACCGAACAUACAGGAAGUUCCUCACAGCUUUGGCACCCCCUGAGUGGAGAGAGGAGCAGAAGCGUAAAAGAGAGGAAAGGAGACAAGUGAAGUUAUUUGGACUUUGGAGAGAUAAGGCCGCUCACCAGCAUCUGCAAUCUGCGAAAGUUGAUAAGCAACCAAGCAUGGCCCUUACAAGACAAAAUUCAAAGAUGUUGAAGACUGUGCCGACUAGACCUUCCUUGAACACAAGAAGACAAUCUAGUGUUCAGGGGAAGAAACACUCACUUCCUGAAAUAGCUGAGGAACCAAUAGAUGUAUCUGAUGUAUUUGAGAGCGAUGAGGAGCCUGAGAUCUACUUCUCAGACCCGCAAGAGAUGCUGAAUGUCUUGGCUGACUUGGAGGAACAAAAUCUCUCCUAUAUCCAGAAUUUUCAGGAAACAGAGGAGGCAACGGAAGAAUUUCGCUGUCAAGUUUUAAAGACACAGAAAAAAAUGAAAAGUCAGACGGAAAUGCUCGAGAAAGAGAUUGAAAUUCUUCACGCUGCCAUUGAGAGAGAAAAGGAGAAGACUCGAGAGUUACAAUUCAAGUCAAAAAUCUUCUCUUUUGGGGAGUUCAGAGCUGAUAAACAGGAUGCCAUGCUUGAUCAGCUUCAUAAGAAAGUGAAGGAGGUCUACAGAACCUGUGUUGGUAAUGUGGACUGCAAGAUCAGCACAGUGCAAAUGCUUGCCAGAAUAGAACAUAAAAUGCUCGAGAUCCUGGAAUGCCUUGAGCUCCAGCCACAGGACAAGUUGAAAAUGAUGAAGGCUGCUCGAGAAAAGGACACCAGAAUGAGACUGAGAGAGGAGAAGUUACAGCUAAAACAACAGCACCAGGAGGAGAGGAUCAAAAUAGCCCUGGAGAGAGCCACACGAGCUUCCAAAAAAUGGGCUGGUAGGAAACUGAUGACACGCUCAGAGCCCCCUGCGAUCAAGAAAAAUGAUCAGUGUCAUUUGAUGUCAACAAAAGAACAGGAAGAUUUCAUGUAUUUCUUUUCUUAAUUUCCAGUGUGCAAAGACCAUGCAAUCAUAGUAACUUUGUGAUGUAUUAUAACUUACGCAAGUCAGUUUUUUAAAACUGUGUCAUAUAUUAUUGUACUAUGAUAUGUUCAAUCGCUCAAUAGC